ACACACACACACACAUCUCCCUCCUUAAAAAAACAAUCGCAUUAAAAGGCAGAGUAGAAGUAUUUUCAUCCUACACUAUCAGAAAAGUAUCAAACAGAAGUCAUGGCACAAACGAUGUUGCUCAUGGCGAGUGUUUCUACUAGCAAUGUGGUGGAUUUGAAGAGAGACUCUUUACUCAAUUUCCAAGUUCAGAAACUAAGACCCAAGCCAUUCUCUCGUCUAUUGCUCCCUAGUCUUCCUACCAAUACUUCUUCUUCCCAAGUAUUUACAACUUUUGCUCUGUUCAAAUCUAGAACCAAAGCCACUCCCAAGAAGGUUGAGCCUAAGCCAAAGGAAAAGGUUGAAGAUGGUCUCUUUGGCACCUCCGGAGGCAUUGGUUUUACUAAGCAGAAUGAGCUCUUUGUGGGUCGAGUUGCCAUGAUUGGCUUCGCUGCAUCCUUGUUGGGUGAAGGAAUCACAGGCAAAGGAAUUCUAUCACAAUUGAAUCUGGAAACUGGAAUUCCCAUAUAUGAAGCUGAGCCUCUUCUUCUUUUCUUCAUUCUUUUCACUCUGCUUGGAGCCAUAGGUGCUUUGGGGGACCGUGGUAAAUUUGUUGAUGAGUCACCCACUGGACUUGAAAAGGCAGUGAUUCCUCCUGGCAAAGGCUUCAGAUCAGCAUUGGGUCUUAAAGAAGGAGGUCCUCUAUUUGGAUUUACAAAGGCGAACGAGCUCUUUGUAGGAAGAUUGGCUCAGUUGGGUAUUGCUUUCUCUUUAAUUGGAGAAAUUAUUACCGGGAAGGGAGCUUUAGCACAGUUGAACAUUGAGACUGGGAUUCCCAUCAAUGAAAUUGAGCCCCUUGUGUUGUUCAAUGUUAUCUUCUUCUUCUUCGCUGCAUUGAAUCCUGGGACCGGUAAAUUUGUGACAGAUGAGGAAAAUGAGUAAGGCUAGUUAUGAUUGUAAGGAACUUUGUUGUAGUUCAUUCAAUGUAAGAAAUAAUACUCUCUCACUCUUGCAAUCAUUGGAUGGUUUAUAUGACAAUUCUGCUUCGUUUACCAGAAAUGAAAGACACUAUGGCUGUUAGAAUUGGGUUUA